AUGUCCGGACUCGCAGAAGCUGACCAGAAGGAGCUGCAGACGUUCCUCGACGCAGAGCAGGCCAAGGCCCGCGUCCAGUCGUCCAUCCACACGUUCACCGAUCGAUGCUGGGACCAGUGCGUAAAGUCGUCGAUUGGCUCCAGCUUCGGUUGUGGCGAAGAGGCUUGCCUCAGCAACUGCGUUGAGCGCUUCCUCGAUACUUCUCUUUUUAUCGUCAACAAGUUGCAAGAACAGCGAGGACAGAUGUCUUGA